GGCAGAAUUAGUCGCACAAGUGUGGUUAUUGUACUUUCAGGAUGGUUUGGAUUUAUCAGACCUUUAAUUUCAUUUUCUUAAUCACUUCAGUUUACAGUGAAUGCAUGACUCAGAUCUAUGAAAACACGUACUUCCAAGGAGGCGAUGUAAUGACAGUUUUUACACCAAAUGUCAAUUACUGUCAAAUUGUGUGUACUUACCAUCCGACAUGUCUGUUGUUCACUUACCUGCCACCAACUGGAAUUCAGGACCCUACAAAAAGGUUUACCUGCUACUUGAAAGACAGUAAGACUGAAAUAUUGCCAAAGGUGCACAUGGAUGGUGCAAUUUCUGGACAUUCCUUAAAACAAUGCCACGCCCAAAUUAGUGGUUGCAGCAGGGACAUCCACACAGGACUGGAUAUGCUAGGGAUAAAUUAUAAUGUGACUACUGAAUAUAGCUAUCAAGAGUGUCAAAAAAGAUGCACCAAUGACAACCACUGUCAAUUUUUUACAUAUGCCACAGGAGCAUUUCACAGUGCAGGCUUUCGUAACAAGUGCUUCUUGAAGUACACCAAAACGGGAACUCCAGCAAGCAUAAGAAUACUUAAUAAUGCUGUAUCUGGAUUCUCAUUAAAACUCUGCCAACUUUCUCAAACAGAUUGUCGUUUGGACAUUUUUCAAGAUAAAGAAUUUUCAGGAAAUAAUAUUAUGAGUGUUUUCACUCCUGAUACUUUUGUGUGUCGAACUAUUUGUACUUAUCAUCCAAAUUGCCUGUUCUUUACAUUUUUUACAAGUGAAUGGGAAGUAGAAACACAAAGAAACCUGUGCCUUCUUAAGACAUCAAGAAGUGGUAUACCAAGUGCAUAUGUAGAACGAGAAAAUGCUAUGUCAGGCUUUAGUCUCCUAAAUUGUAGAAGAUCGUUUCCUGCCUGCCAUUCCCACACUUAUAAUGAUACAAACUUUUUGGGAGAUGAACUGAACAUUACCUAUGUUAAGGGACACAAAGCUUGUCAGCUUGUUUGCACAGACAUGGUCCGUUGCCAAUUUUUUACUUAUUUUCCACUUCAGGAAUGCACUCAAGAGGGAAAAUGCAAAUGCCACUUAAGAAUGUCCUCAAAUGGAUCUCCAAACAGAAUAGUGCAUGAGAAAGGAAAGACCUCUGGCUACUCAUUAAGAUUAUGUCAAAGAAAAGCUAACACUGCAUGUAUGCAGCCAUCUAAAGAAAGUAUAAGAAUUGUUGGAGGGACAGAUUCUUCUCCUGGUGAAUGGCCAUGGCAAGUAAGCUUGCAAGUCAAGUUAACUACUCAAAAACAUCUCUGUGGGGGCUCAAUCAUUAGUGACCGGUGGAUUCUAACAGCUGCCCACUGUACCGAUGGAUAUGAGAGUCCCAACAUUUGGCGUGUUUAUACUGGCAUUUUAAAACAAUCAGAAAUAAAUGAGGAUACACCUUUCUUCAGAGUCCAAGACAUUGUUAUUCACCCUCAGUAUGUGAUUGCAGAGACUGGAUAUGACAUUGCUUUAAUGAAACUUGAUAAACCUAUGAACUUUACUGAUUUCCAGCAGCCCAUAUGCUUGCCAUCAAAAGAGGAAGCAAAUACAGUUUAUACCAGCUGUUGGGUGAUUGGAUGGGGUUAUGCAAAAGAAAGAGGUCAAAUAACAGAUAUUCUUCAGAAGGCUAAUAUUCCUCUAGUAUCAAAAGAAGAAUGCCAGUCAAGAUAUCAAGAGCAAACAAUAAACAACAAGGUUAUAUGUGCUGGCUAUAAAGAAGGUGGAAAGGAUGCUUGUAAGGGAGACUCAGGUGGGCCAUUAUCAUGCAAACAUGAGCAAAUUUGGUAUUUGGUGGGCAUUACCAGCUGGGGUGAAGGAUGUGCUCGCCCAGAACUACCAGGUGUUUAUACAAAAGUGGCUGAAUAUGCAGAGUGGAUUCUAGAAAAAACCACGUGAUAUAAAAAAGAAAACUUCCGGGAACUCACUUCAUACUUACAUGAUGGCAUGAAAUGAUAAUCCUAAAGGAACUUUGUGAAAUACAUUCAAGAACAUUCAUACAUUUAGCCUAGAGGACAGCAGACAUUUUUAAGAAAACAGAAAAGGAAGAAUGAACUGUACAA